AUCGCCAGAAUGCACAGUUGUAAUUUCAGAUUGGAUACCAAAGAGUUCUGCGAAGCAUGCAGGCAUUUAACUAAACAAGAAGAUACAUAAAGUGGUUGACUAUUCCCACGAUCAAACUUGAGGCGUAAUCUAUUGCAGGGUAUAAGUUACAGGCCUCAAGGUUUAACUGCCGGACUAGCGCUAUCAACGCGAACUUGCUUCUGCGACUCCAUCCCCUCGUCUCGUCUUGGGGAUUCCGCUCCUUACGUCAACACGCGCAUUUAUUCAUUAAUAACUUGUCACUUUAACACAUAGGACGGCUGAGGCGGCGAUCUUGGUUCUUAUGCUGACAACUCUUUCUCCUUUUGAUUUAUGCUUGUUGCGCAGUUGGUACUCUUGUCCACCACACCAACAGUUCCAGCACCAUUGCUGAUUAACCCAAGGCUCUACUUUGGUCUGACUACAUCCUCUUCAAUUUUAACUUGAUUUAACGUCAUGGAAUAUUCCGACGAAUCUGACUUCUACGGGGACGAUGAUAUGGUCAUGAACCUUAACAACCGUGUACAACAAUUUGAUGUUCAGAGCUGGAUGCUCGAGCAACAGCAAUGCCCUGGGAGGCCUAUUCCUGACAAGAACAACGUUCACGAAACAUCGCAUCUUCACAAUCCCUAUGCCGGGGUAAAUUAUGCAUGGCAGCUUACCGAGACGGUAGAUCAGUUCCUCGCACGUCUCCCACCCAGGACAACAGACAUCACGGAGGAUACGCCUUGGAUCUUCAUUUGCAAUCCGUAUAUACCCCGCGUUGAGAAGUCUAUGGGGCAAAACCAACUUAGUAAAGGCAAUGAAGAUGAGGCUCCCGAGGAAGAAGGCAGCAAGACUGCGCUUGUCAUGGAAGGCGGCCUGGAGAGACUAGAACUUCUCUCCAAGUUCCAGGACGGACUGAAAAAAACCAACAAGGUCCUUGCAACGCAAGAGCGGGAUCUUCGAAAAGAAAUCAAGAAAGCCUCAGAUGAUAUACUGCACCUGGCACACGCUGCCAAAGUCCGCGCUGGCAAGUGGAUGGUGUUCUGCUCACCAGCAGAAGUAAACGACGUGUGGGAGAUUGUCGCGAAAGCAACUGCCAAGAACGAGCUUGGCAUUGCUGCAAAGGUUGCUCCACGACCAGCCGAAGAGGAUUCUCGAAAAGAUCGACUCAUCUGCGUGUACACGACCGAUUUCGCAGACAAGGCCGACGUUGGCAGGGUGCUUCAAAAGCUUCGAGAGCUCAGAUUGGUUGAAGCUCGAGGACGACCUAUCUACUAUAAGCCAGAUGCAUAUACGUACAUAGGGAUAUCGUCCGGGAAUCCCUGGGGUCUGAAAGCGUCGAUCUAUAAGUCAUCUGACAUCUUCCAGACCUAACGGCGCACAACAAAUGACUCAUCUGGCCAGGCAGAACAAGAGGGAAUGUUCCAUCGUGUAUGGAGGAUCAAAAUCAAGAAUCCGAGUGCAUAAUGUAGAGAGAAACAAAAAAGAACAGGAUCGUAUCGUCAUGACCUUCAUAACCAAUAUCCUAAACGCCCAUGAUUCCAAGAGAUGCUAAUUCCGCAUGAC